UGCAGCCAAGCAGGGACUCACAGCUCCUGGGAAGAUGGUGCGGAUCUUGGCCAAUGGGGAAAUCGUGCAGGACGACGACCCCCGAGUGAGGACCACUGCCCCUCCAAGAGGUGGCACUCCUCGACAGAGCUUUCUCAACAGGAGCCAUGGUGUCCCCCCAGGCGGUCCUGGCCCCCGCCAUCAGCAGGCAGGUGCCAGGCUGGGUGCUGCUCAAUCCCCCUUCAAUGACCUCAACCGGCAGCUGGUAAACAUGGGCUUCCCCCAGUGGCAUCUUGGCAACCAUGCUGUGGAGCCAGUGACCUCCAUCCUGCUCCUCUUCCUGCUCAUGAUGCUUGGCGUUCGUGGUCUCCUGCUGGUGGGCCUCGUCUACCUGGUGUCCCACCUGAGUCAGCGGUGACCUCCAGGAGCUGAUAGGGGUGGGUGUGUUAAAGGGACUUGCUGGGCCUUGGUGUGAGAGCAGGCACACGGGAGGGGAUCUAGUGGUGCCUUGAAGGUGUGAUCAGAGAAGGGGCCAGAGGGGUGUGUUUCCCUGUCGUGUUAAGCAUGAGACAGAGGGAGACUCCAGUCCGGCAUUCCUGAAGUAUGGGGUGGAUACCCUGGUUCACUUGAGAUGUUUUUAGGUGGUAUAGGGCCUACAUUAAGUGGCACAAAAUCAGAAGAAGAAAGAGAUUCCCUUUCUAAUUCUCUUAAUCUUUUUAUGGCACGAAGAAAGUCUCAGCCAGUGCCAAUAUGUUCUAAUGACUCUGGAACACGUGCUGACAUCCCCUUUUACUAGGGAGCAGGACUUGGGCUUAGGACAGGUGCGAAAAGUUUCCAGACUUUUAUAGCACUGUUUGUUUUAAUGGUAUAUUUUUAUUGGCUACCUUUUAUUUAUGAUGGGUGGUACUGGUAUUCUAUUUAUUGUGACAUUUUCAAUAAAUAGCUUUAAGUAAAACUGA